UACGUCACUGUUGCGCCAUCUGCGUUGUUGUUGUUGUUGUUGUCUCUGAGUGUUUGUUGUUGUUUUGAAUCGUCCGCGUGGUCUCCUCUCGACGUGUUGAUGGUCGACCCGAGCGUCCGCGCCGAGCUGUAGUCCACCGGGAACCCGACGGUAACGGGAGUGUGUCCGCCAUGGCUCAGCAGAGAGGAGUCAACAGCCUGCAGUUCAACCAGGACCAGAGCUGUUUCUGCUGUGCGAUGGAGACCGGGGUCAGGAUUUAUAACGUGGAGCCGCUGAUGGAGAAAGGCCACCUGGACCAUGAGCAGGUGGGCAGCGUGGCCUCGUGCUCGAUGCUGCAUCGAUCCAACCUGCUGGCCGUCGUCGGAGGAGGAGUCAACCCCAAAUUCUCUGAAAUAUCUGUGCUGGUGUGGGACGACGCUCGAGAGUCACGAGACCCCAAAGACAAACUGGUUCUGGAGUUCACCUUCACCAAACCGGUUCUAGCUGUCCGCAUGAGACACGACAAGAUCAUCAUCGUGCUGAAGAACAGGAUUUAUGUUUACAGUUUUCCAGAUAAUCCGGUCAAACUGUUCGAGUUUGACACCAGAGACAACCCCAAAGGCCUGUGUGAUUUAUGUCCCAGUCUGGAGAAGCCUCUGGUGUUUCCGGGUCAUAAAUGCGGCAGCCUGCAGCUGGUCGACUUGUCCAACACCAAGCCGGGGACGUCGUCCGCCCCGUUCACCAUCAACGCCCACCAGAGCGAGAUCGCCUGCGUGGCGCUCAACCAGCCCGGCAGCGUGGCGGCGUCCGCUUCUCGUAAAGGAACGCUCAUCCGCCUGUUCGAUACCACGACCAGAGACAAACUGGUGGAGCUGCGCCGAGGCACCGACCGCCACCCUCUACUGGUCUUAUCUCCGUUCUUUCUCCGCAGCAUCAACUUCAGCCACGACUCGUCCUUCCUGUGCGCCUCCAGCGAUAAAGGCACCGUUCACAUCUUCGCCCUCAAAGACACCAAACUGAACCGCCGCUCUGCGUAAGGCCGCUGGCGGUGUGUGGGGAAGGUGGGCCCUGUGAUUGGUCAGUACGUGGACAGCCAGUGGUCAUUGGCCAGUUUCACCGUGCCGGCCGAGUGCGCCUGUAUCUGCGCUUUCGGAAAGAACACGUCCAAGAACGUCAACUCCGUCAUCGCCAUAUGUGUGGACGGGACCUUCCAUAAGUACGUGUUCACCCCGGAUGGAAACUGCAACCGAGAAGCCUUCGACGUGUAUCUGGAUAUAUGUGACGACGACGACUUCUGAGGCGGGUUUCAAACAAGACUGGAGCGAUGUGAGGACGAGGAGACACGAGGAGACACGAGGAGACACGAGGAUGACGGUGGCGGCUGGAAAUGACUUUGAGUCGGUGAUUAUUGUCCAGCUGUGGAGACAGACGGAAAACAGCCUGAGACGGAGAAUCCGAGACUUUCUGCUGAGGCCUGCGUGAUAUCGUGUGUGUAAUCAUCGUAUCGACAGUAUGUAUCGGCGUGAAUAUAAAUACAGAUUUCUGCUGUAACCCUGCGUGUACCAUGAGUCUGAAACAUGACAGAUACACUUAAACCCUGAAAGUGUUUGGAUGUAUUUAUGGAGAGGUUAAAGUUCAACUGAAAUUAAAAAUCAGUUUUGAUAAGAAA